UGCAACGCCGAGCGGAGGAGGCAGGAACCCUAAGGCAAGCAGGGGCUGGGUGGGGACCAUGGCUGGGAUCACCACCAUCGAGGCGGUGAAGCGCAAGAUCCAGGUUCUGCAGCAGCAGGCCGAUGAUGCAGAGGAGAGGGCCGAGCGCCUCCAGCGGGAAGUGGAGGGAGAAAGGCGGGCCCGGGAACAGGCUGAGGCUGAGGUGGCCUCCUUGAACCGUAGGAUCCAGCUGGUUGAAGAGGAGCUGGACCGCGCUCAAGAGCGCCUGGCCACUGCCCUGCAAAAGCUGGAGGAAGCUGAGAAAGCUGCUGAUGAGAGUGAGAGAGGUAUGAAGGUUAUUGAAAACCGAGCCUUAAAAGAUGAAGAAAAAAUGGAACUCCAGGAAAUCCAACUCAAAGAAGCUAAGCACAUUGCAGAAGAGGCAGAUAGGAAGUAUGAAGAGGUGGCUCGUAAGUUGGUGAUUAUUGAGGGAGACUUGGAACGCACAGAGGAGCGAGCUGAGCUGGCAGAGUCCCGUUGCCGAGAGAUGGAUGAGCAGAUCAGACUGAUGGACCAGAACCUGAAGUGUCUGAGUGCUGCUGAAGAAAAGUACUCUCAAAAAGAAGACAAAUAUGAGGAAGAGAUAAAGAUUCUUACUGAUAAACUCAAGGAGGCAGAGACCCGUGCUGAGUUUGCUGAGAGAUCGGUAGCCAAGCUGGAAAAGACAAUUGAUGAUUUGGAAGAUAAACUGAAAUGCACCAAAGAGGAGCACCUCUGUACACAAAGGAUGCUGGACCAGACUCUGCUUGACCUGAAUGAGAUGUAGAGCACCCCAGUCCCAUCCUGCCGCUGCUCCUCCCUCUGACCCCGACUCCGCUGAGGCCAGCCUGCCCGAAGCUGACCUUUAAACUGAGGGCUGAUCUUUAACUGGAAGGCUGCUUUUUCCUUUCGCCACCUCUCCCACCCCCACCCCUGUGUCCUUUUCGCCAAACUGUCUCUGCCUCUCCCCAGAGAGUCCAUUUGGGCUAGAGGCUGAGCACCUUUGGGAACAACGUUUAAGGGAAUGUGAGCACAAUGCUAAGUGUCUUUAAAAGCAUGUUGUGAUGUACACAUUUUGUAAUUAUCUUUUCUGUUGUUGUUGAUGUAGCAGCCAUUUGUAAAACAUUCCAGAUAAUUCCAUAGUUUUGAAGCAGCAGUCUAAUCCCUUUCUCACUUUUGGAAGGUAACUUUUCAGCUUAAUGCAUGUUGCCCUCUCCGUAGAGGAGGGGAAAAGGUAUGGGCAUGCCUUACUGAGAGCCAAACAGCCCAGAGAAGGACUCCAUUUUGGGAAACCUUAUUGCUCUGUAAAAAGUACCCGCCAAACCAGAAAGGUGAUUCCAGAAGGAGUUAGCCAAAAAAAAAAAGCUCUGUUCAGGUUUUCAGCUUUACGGUAUCUUUGGGCAACUUUUUUUUCCAUCAGAAGUGACCAGAUGAAAUCAAGAUGGUGAGACCUCUGAGACCAAAUCCUUGUCCCAGCUCUACCCUGUUCCCAGCCGCUCACAGAAUGGGUCAUGUGCCCCUUAUUUUGAGGCGACCACUUAUUUGCUCUCCCGCCUCCUUGAAAGAAAGGAAAGAAAAUUAUGUUUUACCACUGAUUUAGCCAUAUGAAACUCAUCUCAUCACCCUUUUCUGGGUCUGAAGCUGCUGUCUCUAAAAGUGCCAUCUCAUUGUGCAUUGUAUCAGUUAGUGCUGGAGAAAUCUUGAAUAGCUUAUGUACAAAA